GUGUAUAAUUACUGAAUAUAUUCUAUUGUAUCAUUGUCAUAGUUGUUUAUUUUUACGGAGGAACGCAUUCAUUUAUUAUUGAUUUCGUUGUUGUUUAAUUAAUUCUUUAUAUUCUCUUUGUUUGAAAACAAUUCUAAUUUUAUCCCCAACAUAUAUCUUUCCGCCUUAAUUUUUGUUCAGUGUUUGGUUUAACACGUAUACAUGCUGUAGAAAUUGAAAAUUUCAUGAUCUGUCAUUUUUACACUAAAUUCCGUAGGCAAGGAAGUUGCAUUUGUCUGACCUCAGUCUUUUUCGGUAGCCCACUUGAUAGAAAUCUUUUGUACUGGAUUGAAACACGAAAAUACUCCAAGCUUGUUGUACAAAACAAAACGUGCAGAGCGUUUUAAUUUUGAACAUAAAUUAAUGUGCUGUAGAAACGGAGUUAAACACUGUUGAUUUCAAAACAGAUGCGAUUAGCUGGUUGUUGAUGAAUUAUUUAGUUUGAAAAUAAUGUUUCAGAUAAAAUCAGCUGCCUUGUUUGAACCAAAGUUAUACAUAAUGAAUGUAAUAAAAUUUCUAUCCAUGCCAAAUUAGUCUCUUUGUUAAAAAAAAAUUUAUUUCUUACUUUUCUUCCAAAAAUAUGCUGCACAAGCGGCUAUAAAAUGUUUUACUUAAUGCAGAUUGCAUAAAUCUAAAAGAACGAUGCAAAAUAUUGUUUACCCAGCAAUGAAUUACAUAGAAAACAAAAUUUUCAUGCCAAUAAAUUUUUAUAGAAAAUUUUAUCUUCUAAAAAUGUAUUCUAUAAAGGCAAAUGAAGCGUCACUGGUGUAAAAUAAUGAAUUUAGCAAAGCGGCACGCGGUAGAUUUUUUUUCAAUAGCAGGACUUGAGCAAGUUGCACACCUGGGAGUUGCUACGCAACCAUGCGUAGCUUUACAAGCCACGCGAGGGGUGAAAAUAAACAAAUUACCAAAAUUAAUACCACAGGGUUCACUAUACUUCACGCAUGAAGAGCCCGAAAUACACAGAUAUCCAGCCUAAAAUAUGGCGCCUGGAAGAUUUAGCACGUCGAGCCGGUUCCCAAAGUCCUCCACGCCGACCAGCACAAGCAGCAACAAGAGUGACACUUCAAGCGCAACUUUUGAGCUGUCGAUAGUAGGCCUGCCGGCGCCUCGCUCACGCAGCACCACUUCACACAACAAUGCGGCGCUGACAGAAAAGCGAAGGGCACUCAAGUCGGCGCCAAGCACUAACGCGAGGGCGAGUGCGAGAAAAUUUAAUGAGAGGUGCGAAAAGAAGGGUGAACGACCCUGGACGUCUAAUAAAAGAAAGUCUUUGCAAAAUGCCUGGUCGUUCGGAAGCGACCAGAAGCCGCCAUCUGACGACGAGUCGCAUUUAGAAAAAGUCAAAAGUAUCAGUUCAAAGGGCAGCGAAAGGUCGUCCGUGACCCUGAAUUCCAUGUGUUCAAUUUCUGCGUCCAGCGCAGGCGACGUUUCAUCCUUUGAAGACGACUCCGCCAGUGAGUCAAUCAAAUCAGAAGAGCCGCCGCUUUUAAAGAAAAAAGAAUGCCGAUUUGAUAAAAAAUUCAGCUUUCCCGUACCUGCCCGGGUUCUGGAAGAGAAAUUGACAAAUUUUCCACAUGAAGCAGAUGCUGACGAAAUUUUAAUUGACAAAGGAAAGACUUUGGCUCGGAGAAGUGAAAUUGACGAAUUGGACGAAAAAAUUGAGUAUCUGGAUAUUGAUUCAGAAUCAGAUACAACCACAGAAAAACUAUUCACAAUGCAAGGAAAGGUUCUUGAGCUUUUGGAAAAUCAGCAGUCUUGCACAAGACAAACUUGGCUCGUUUUGCAACAAUUGAGCGCCAGUCUGGAUUCCAUGACCAAAAGGUCGUCCACGGAAGAGCGAAAACGUACAAAUUUUCCCUCACCAGCUCCACUUCCGGAGACACUUCUAUUGAAAGAGGCUGCAGGUUGUGCCCUCAGAUUGGCAGAUAUUUUAUCUUUGAUUGGAACUUCAGUUAGCAGCCAAACUGAUCAGCCGCAAAAGAAAUUGGCUCCUGAAAUAGCGACUGUCCCGCAAAUGCCGGCGUUUUUCAAGUUGACUGCAGAAGAUUUGCAGGCGCAGAAGCGAAAACUUCAGCCUUUGAUCCUGGAACAAGAAGCUCCGCAAAGAGAAGAGAUCUUUGAGCAGUUGAGCGCCUCUUUAGCGCUACGAAGGGCAAGAAUUUCGCAAUCAGAUUGCGGGUCAACCAUUUCUGACGAAUGGAAAUAACUUUACAUUGGAAAUUUUAUUUUAUUAUUAACUAUAGGGACCAAAAUAUAAUGUAUGAUAAUAAACCCCUGAUUGUUCAAAUUAUAAUAAUUUCUUCCAGAAUUAUGAAAAUGUGUAAUAUUUGUUAAUGAAUUAAGUAAAUAAUAAUAUGCUUGUAUGGGUAAAAUUAAAAUAAACUUAAGUU